AUGCGAGCACUAGUAGCAGUUAAACGGGUCGUGGAUUACAGUGUGAAAAUAAGGAUCAAACCGGAUAAAACAGGAGUGAUUAAAGAAAAUGUUCAGCAUUCGAUGAAUCCUUUAGAUGAAGUUGCUUUAGAAGAAGCCGUUCGGUUGAAGGAAAAGCAGAUUGUCAAAGAGGUUUUGGCUGUAUCAGUAGGACCAACAAAAUCGCAAGAAACAUUGCGUACAGCAUUAGCAAAAGGUGCAGAUAAAGCUCUACAUAUUGAAAUAGAUGAAAACGCGUCUGAAAAAGUCGAACCAUUGUUAGUCGCUAAGAUAUUGAGAAAAAUAGUGGAAGAGAAGAAACCGGAUUUAGUAUUUCUUGGUAAGCAAGCAAUUGAUGAUGAUUAUGGACAGACAGCACAAUUACUUGCUGGCUUGCUAAAUUGGCCGCAAGCAAUGUAUGCGAGCAAAGUUGAGCAAGAAAGUGAUAAAACAUUUGUCGUGACACGGGAAGUAGAUGGUGGUCGAGAAUCGAUAAGAGUCAAAACACCAGUCGUGAUCAGUGUUGAUUUGAAGUUGAAUGAGCCUAGAUAUGCCACGCUACCGAACAUCAUGAAAGCUAAGAAGAAGCCUUUGGAGAAAAAGAUACCUUCCGAUUACGGCAUUACUGUUGCUCAUCAAACACAGAUUCUUGAGGUUACAAACCCACCAGCUCGAAAACCAGGUUUCUUUGUUGAUGAUGUACCGUCAUUAAUUGCGAAACUGAAGGAGAUGAGUGUUUUGUGA